ACCCAGCUGUGCAGAGUCCAGCGUGUGAGAGAGAACAUCUGGAGCCCCCAGCAUAGCUGCUGAGUGACAGACUGAGAUCAGAGAUGAAGGGCGAUGGGUCGGAGUAUCUGUGUUUAAUCCUCCUGCUCCUCCACCAGACCUCUGUCUCCAGACCAGAAAAGUUCAAGGUUGUUGGUCCAUCUGAUCCUGUUGAUGCUUUAGCUGGUGAAGACGUUGUUCUGCCCUGUUACCUCAAACCCAGCAUCAGCGCUGAGGACAUGCAUGUGGAGUGGACCAGGCUUCAGUCCGCAGAAACACUGGUGCAUCUUUAUCAACGGCGAGUGAAUAAAAAUGAGAAUCAGAUCCCAUCUUACAGAGGAAGGACAGCACUGUUCCCAGAGGAGCUGAAGAAAGGCAACGCUUCACUAAGACUGACAGGAGUACGAGGCUCUGAUGAUGGACAGUAUAAAUGCUUCAUUCAGUCUGAUCUGUGGUAUGACGAUGCUUCACUUCUAGUAGAAGUAAUAGCUGUAGGGACUGAUCCAGUGAUCUCCAUGGAGGGAUACAGAGAAGGGGGGAUCGGCCUGCUGUGUGAAUCUAAAGGCUGGCAUCCUGAGCCUGAACUCAUCUGGCUGGACAGUGAGGGACACAGUCUCCCUGCUGGACCUACAGAGACACUCAGAGACAGCAUGGCCCUCUUCAUCGUGAGACGAAGUGUCAUCGUACAGGAGGGAGACACUAACAGGUUCACCUGUCGAGUUCAACAGCAGCAGCUCAAUCAGGAGAAGGAGGCAGAGUUUCACAUCCCUGGUGAGAUGUUCUAUCGUGCUCGUUUCUGGAAGGUGGCCUUCGCUGUGUGUUUCACUCUGGGAGUUCCUGCUCUAAUAGGACUUGCUGUUUUAAUCCAUCGCUAUGUGAAACUGCGCAGAAAGAAAGAUCAGCUUUUCCAAGAGCUGGAGUUUGAAAGUGCUCAUAGAUAUGCAGUGGAUGUGACUCUGGACCCUGAUACAGCUCAUCCCAAUCUCAUCCUGUCUGAGGAUGGGAAACAAGUGAGACAUGGAGACACACCACAGAAACUCCCUGACACUCCAAAGAGGUUUGAUACUGCGCUCAGUGUCCUGGGAAAGGAGGGUUUCUCCUCAGGGAGAUUUUACUAUGAGGUGCAGGUUGGGGAGAAGACUGAGUGGACUGUAGGAGUGGCCAAAGAGUCUAUCAACAGGAAGGGAAGUGUUGCACUGAACUCUGAGGAUGGAUGCUGGAGCAUAUGGCUGUGGAGAGGGACUGAGUACUGGGCUCUGGAUGGUCCCUCUGUCCUCCUCCCCCUGAGAGAGAAGCCCAGGACAGUGGGGGUGUAUGUGGAUUAUGAGGGGGGUCAGGUCUCCUUUUACAAUGUGGAGGCCAGGUCUCAUAUCUACUCCUUCACUGGUUACACCUUCACUGAGAAACUCUAUCCAUACUUCUGCCCCUGGUACAAUGACAAUGGUAAAAACUCAGCCCCACUGAUCAUCUCUUCUGUCAGUCACACUGUCUGA